AAUACAGUGUAUUUUGAGGAAGAAGUAAACGAAACAAAUAAGAAAAAUGAGGAUGAAGAGGAUGAUGAAGAGGAUAAAAAAAAUGAAAGAGAGAAUAAUGAUGACAACGAACAUUAUAAUAAGAAUAAAGAAAAUGAGAGUGUAGAAGAUAGAGAAGGUGAUGAAAAUGACAAUAGUGAUAAUGAAAGUAAUGAAGAAGAAAAUGAAGAGAAUGAAGAUAGAGAAGAUAGUGAUAAUCAAAAUAACAAUAGUAAUAGUGAAAAUAAUGAGGACGAAAACGAAGAUAAAGAUAGGAAUAGUGAUGAAAGUG